AUGAAUUUCGAAGGCCGUUUAGGUGUGGUUGGUUCGAUGGAUGUUAAUAUCGGGGAGGCUUUCUUGGAGCUUCUUUCAAAUUCAUACAAUGAUCCUAGAAAACGUAAUCCAUGGUAUCCUGCCGUAGCUGCAAUGGUAAGUGGUGACAUGUCAUAUUUCUAUGGCGUUGGCUUCUUAGGUUUUCAAGACACUUUGUGGGAUGAUGCUGGAAGACAUUACUUCCAUAAUUGUUUCAUUGAAGGUGCUGUUGAUUUCAUAUUUGGUGCAGGCCAGUCUUUAUACGAGGGUUGUACGAUUUCGGUUAUUGCGGCUUCAUUAGGACCAGGAGUACCUGGAGUUAUAACAGCACAAGGAAGAACAAAUCCUAAUGAUGCAAAUGGUUUUGUUUUUAAGCAUUGUAAGAUAUAUGGAAUUGGUACAACAUAUUUGGGAAGACCAUGGAGAGCUUAUGCUAGGGUUUUUUUCUACAAUAGCAAUAUGUCAAAUAUUGUUCACCCUCUUGGUUGGGAUCCAUGGAAUUUUGUUGGACACGAGGAUCGUAUUCAAUUCUCAGAGUAUUUAAAUUAUGGAGAUGGUUCUAUCACAAAGUAUAGAGUGAAAUGGACUAAGAAUUUGGAUAUGCAAACUAUUAAUACAAUGGCAAGUCUUAGUUUUAUUAAUAAUGAUGGAUGGCUUCAAAAUCAACCAUUAUAA